UGCUCAUUCUGUAAUAUCUUUUAGCACUGAAGGGUAAGUGAAAAAUUGUGCGACAUUUUUACUGAUCGUUUUCGCUUUUGUAUUUUGUGGCGUUAGCUCAAUUUUGCUUCUGUCUCGAAAAAUGGAAGAGGUUGAUCAAAUCAUUAUUGGUUCGUUACUUAACAUUGGAUGUGAAUUUGCUGAAGGAUUGGAAAGUUUGAAACAGUUCACUACAGACAAUGUAGUGGAAGGGACAGUGAAAUGUCUUCGAAUCAUAAACCCUGAUUAUAAGAUGUCGCAUAUUUUUCCACCAGGGAUGUCGGCUCGAUUUCGAGUUGGUACUUCUAUCGCCAAUGCAUGUAAGGAAGCAGGUUACCGUGGCGAUGUCGGAUACCAGACCUUUCUGUACUCAGCUGAGCGAGAUGUGCGACAGAUAUUUAUGUUCCUCGUCGAAAAACUUCCAAGAAAGGAAGGAGUUAAGGAAGAUAUAGAAUCUGCGAGUGUUCUGCAAAGAAGGAUUGGCCAAGUUCUACGUGAGAAAUGUGCUGUCUUGUGGAUGCCGUUUUACUGCCACACCUCACCAAAGAAAAUCCCGUUUCGAACUCAACCAAUAAAUAUUUCUAAGUAUUCACAGGGAUAUAAAAAUAGCAAGAGUCAAGAUGAGACUACAUAUGAUUUCGUUCACCGGCAAAUAAAGAAUCGCGACCAGCUAACUCCUUCAUUACUUGAACUUAACUCAAAACAAACUGUUUCUGUUACAUCUCUGGAUAAAGCAUCAGGGCAGGACUCCAAACGACGUAAAGUUCAAAAAGAAGCAUUUCAAUGGAAACACAAAUCAAUGAUAACAGAUAAAAUUCCCCUUGAUUCAAGUUUUGAUGACGUCAUUCAAGCAGUGACCGGGAACUCAGGAAAUAUAAAGCAAUCUAGAUUUGCUCACGCUAAAAGUUUACAGUUCACAACAGAAGAGCAAAAAUCAUUUCGUUUGAGGCCAACAGUGCCACAAAAACCAAGUCAUUUGAUUAAACAUGAAAAUAAAAAGAAAGAUGAUGCAGAAACUGAUAAUCAGGAAUCAUCAGAAGAUGGUGUGGAUGGGAGUUCUGCUGGAGGGGGGGAAGAUGCUGUGAUCCCAGAAGAGCCGGAGGAAGUGAAGUUUAAACGAGAAGAGGAAGAAAUAAAAGUAAAGAUCCUGGAUGCGGAUGCAGGGGAAGAGAAAUAUAAGGAAGAGCUGAAGAUGGUGGAGUUAUCAAUUAAACAAUUGAUGAUAAAAACAGAAGAGUUAGAAACAAACAAUGAGGAAGAAGUAAAGAAUGUAAAACUGAAAGAAAAAACUUUAAAACUUUUGCCAAAUGCUGAGGAAAAUAUGGAAAAACUGAAAAGUUUGGUUGAUGCAAGUUCAAAGAGGUUGGUUGAACUUGGGAGACUUUGGGAGGAGAAGAGAGUUCCUCUUAUUGAAGAUAUAAGAAGACUGAAGCAAUCUAAGACAGAAUCCGAGUUUGAUGCUGAGCGUAAAGUGGAAGAAAUACGAAUGUUACGAACUCGAAUGAAAGAUGUGGCUGAAGAAACCAAACUAAAAGACCAACUUACUAAACAACUGAAAGCAGAACUCGAAUCUGUAAAGCGUGAUAUAUCAAGGCAGUCGUACACGCGCCGUAUCUUAGAGAUUGUAGCAAGUAUACAUAAGCAAAAGCAAGAGAUACAGAGAGUUAUUCAGGAUGUGAAACAAGUGCAGAAAACAAUGAAUCGACUGAAGGGAAGAGCGGAAAGAACGUUUUCUGCAGCCGACGAAGUUAUUUUUAAGGAUGCAAAGCAUGAUGAGGGGUCUAAACAAGCAUAUAAAUAUCUGGUGUCGCUCCAUGAUAAUUGUGCUACGUUACUAAAAACUGUGGAAGAAACUGGGCUGAUCAUGAGAGAGAUAAGAGAUUUUGAAGGACAGAUUGAUAUUGAAACUGGUAAAAAUGCAGAGGAAAAUCUGGAGAAAAUUCUCAAAGAUUAUAAAGAAAUUAAGAAAGAGAACACAGAAAUGAUUAAGAGAUUAAAACAGAAGUAGUAAACUAAGUUGCAUUAUAAGUAUCAUAACAUAUGAAUAAAUUCUUAAUGUGCCAUAUAUAUAAUCUUCAAUUUAAAACAUGAUUAGUGUAAUUUAUACUUGAUUGGCUGCUAUAUUUACCAAAUAUAUGACCUUUUAUUUGACCCCUCCUAUGAUGUGCAAUAUUAAUGUAAAUAAAAGUUUUUCACGUU